CCCACCCCUACCCAUGCAGCCCUGGCAGUGCCUCCGGCGCUUUGCCCUGGCCUGGUGGGAGAGGACAGCGGAGGGCAGCGCCCGAUCUUCCAGGGAGGAGGCUGGACCGAGGGACCCCGGGGGCCGAGGGGAGCCAGAUCCGGAGCGGAGCAGCCCCCCCAUGCUCUCUGCAGAUGAUGCCGAGUACCCUCGGGAGUACCGGACCCUGGGGGGCGGGGGCGGAGGCGGGGGCAGCGGGGGCCGGCGCUUCUCCAACGUGGGGCUGGUGCACACGUCGGAGCGGCGGCACACGGUGAUCGCGGCCCAGAGCCUGGAGGCGCUCAGCGGGCUCCAGAAGGCCGAUGCUGACCGCAAGCGCGAUGCCUUCAUGGACCACCUGAAGAGCAAGUACCCCCAGCACGCCCUAGCCCUGCGGAGUCAGCAAGACAGGAUGCGGGAGCAGGUCGGCGGCUGGACCGUGGACCCCGUGUGCCUCCUCAGCUCCCUCUGCUCCCACCUCCAUGGCGACUCCGCCCCCUCCGGGGCUGGCCAGCCGGCCCAGCAGCCAAACUACUGGAGUUUCAAGACCCGCAGCUCGCGCCACACUCAGGGAGCCCAGCCUGGGCUGGCAGACCAGGCGGCCAAGCUGUCGUACGCCUCCGCUGAGUCACUGGAGACCAUGUCGGAGGCGGAGCUGCCCCUGGGCUUCAGUAGGAUGAACCGCUUCCGACAGAGCCUGCCCCUCUCCCGCUCAACCAGCCAGACCAAGCUGCGCUCUCCAGGGGUGCUGUUCCUGCAGUUCGGGGAGGAGACUCGGCGCGUGCACAUCACGCACGAGGUCAGCAGCCUGGACACGCUGCACGCACUCAUCGCGCACAUGUUCCCGCAGAAGCUCACCAUGGGCAUGCUGAAGUCGCCCAACACAGCCAUCCUCAUCAAGGACGAGGCUCGCAACGUCUUCUACGAGUUGGAGGACGUCCGGGACAUCCAGGACCGCAGUAUUAUCAAGAUCUAUAGGAAGGAGCCACUCUACGCCGCUUUCCCUGGCUCACACCUCACCAACGGGGACCUCCGGAGAGAGAUGGUGUAUGCGUCGCGGGAGUCGUCGCCCACGCGGCGCCUCAACAACCUGUCGCCCGCGCCGCACCUGGCCUCCAGUUCGCCGCCGCCGGGGCUACCGUCGGGGCUGCCGUCGGGCUCGCCGUCGCGCUCGCGCCUAUCGUACGCCGGGGGGCGCCCGCCCUCCUACGCCGGCAGCCCCGUGCACCACGCGGCCGAGCGGCUGGGAAGCGCCCCCGCCGCCCCGGGCGUUAGCCCGAGCCCCAGCGCCAUCCUGGAGCGGCGCGAUGUGAAGCCGGAUGAGGACCUGGCGGGCAAGGCGGGCGGCAUGGUGCUGGUGAAGGGCGAGGGCCUCUACGCCGACCCCUACGGGCUGCUCCACGAGGGCCGCCUGAGCCUGGCCGCGGCCGCCGGCGACCCAUUCGCCUACCCGGGCGCCGGUGGCCUGUACAAGCGCGGCUCGGUGCGCUCACUCAGCACUUACUCGGCCGCUGCGCUGCAGUCCGACCUGGAGGACUCACUGUACAAGGCGGCGGCCGGAGGCGGCCCGCUCUACGGCGACGGCUACGGCUUCCGCCUGCCGCCCUCGUCGCCGCAGAAGCUGGCCGACGUGGCUGCGCCCCCCGGGGGCCCCCCACCGCCGCACAGCCCCUACUCGGGGCCGCCCAGCCGCGGCUCGCCGGUGCGCCAGUCCUUCCGCAAGGACUCAGGCUCCUCGUCUGUCUUCGCCGAGAGCCCCGGAGGCAAGACCCGCAGCACCGGGGGCUCCUCGACGGCUGGAGUCCCCCCUCCCGAGCUCUUCCCCGGGCCUGGGGAGCGCCCGCUCGUGGGGUUCGGGCCGCCUGUGCCAGCCAAGGACACGGAGACCAGGGAGCGCAUGGAGGCCAUGGAGAAGCAAAUUGCUAGCCUCACUGGCCUGGUGCAGAGUGCCCUACUGCGAGGCUCGGAGCCAGAGACCCCCAGUGAGAAGAUUGAAGGCUCCAAUGGAGCAGCCACCCCCUCAGCACCCUGCGGGUCAGGCAGCCGGAGCAGCGGGGCCACCCCAGUGUCCGGCCCUCCCCCGCCCUCGGCCAGCAGCACGCCUGCGGGGCAGCCCACUGCCAUCAACCGUUUGCAGAUGCAGCUACACCUGCGUGGCCUGCAGAACAGCACCAAUGACCUGCGCAGCCAGCUUCAGCAAUUGCGGAAGCUCCAGCUACAGAACCUGGAGUCUUUGCGCGCGCUGCUGAAGGGCACGGAGGCGGAGCUGAGCAUGCGCGUGUCGGAGGCGGCGCGGCGGCAGGAGGACCCGCUGCAGCGGCAGCGCACCCUAGUGGAAGAGGAGCGGCUGCGCUACCUCAACGACGAGGAGCUCAUUACCCAGCAGCUCAAUGACCUGGAGAAGUCGGUGGAGAAGAUCCAGAGGGACGUGUCCCACAACCACCGACUGGUGCCUGGGCCCGAGCUGGAAGAGAAGGCGCUGGUGCUGAAGCAGCUCGGGGAGACGCUGACUGAACUCAAGGCUCACUUCCCAGGCCUGCAGAGCAAGAUGCGGGUAGUGCUGCGUGUGGAGGUGGAGGCAGUGAAGUUCCUGAAAGAGGAGCCACAGCGCCUGGAUGGGCUACUCAAGCGCUGCCGUGGGGUCACAGACACGCUGGCCCAGAUCCGAAGGCAAGUGGACGAAGGUGCGUGGCCACCCCCCAGCAACCUCCUGAAUCAGUCCCCCAAGAAGGUUACAGCCGAGACUGACUUCAACAAGAGCUUGGACUUUGAAAUGCCACCCCCCAGCCCUCCACUGAAGCUCCACGAGAUGAGCGGGCAAACCGAGGGGGCCCCUCCGACCCCGAAGGCGGGCAACCCCACCAAAGGCCUGGACACUCCUGGCAAGAGAAGCGUGGACAAGGCUGUGUCUGUUGAGGCUGCCGAGCGGGACUGGGAGGAAAAGCGGGCAGCCCUGACCCAGUACAGCGCCAAGGACAUCAACCGGCUUCUGGAGGAGACACAGGCAGAGCUGCUGAAGGCCAUCCCUGACCUGGACUGUGGGAGCAAGGCCCACCCAGGCCCAGCCCCCACCCCUGACCACAAGCCCCCCAAGCUGCCCCACGGUCAGAAGGCAACCCCCCGAACGGAGCCCAGUGGAAGGAGAGGCUCAGAUGAGCUGACAGUGCCCCGAUACCGCACGGAGAAGCCCUCCAAGUCGCCCCCGCCGCCCCCUCCCCGCCGGAGCUUCCCCUCCUCCCAUGGCCUGACCACCACGCGCACUGGAGAGGUCGUGGUCACCAGCAAGAAGGACUCGGCCUUCAUCAAGAAGGCCGAGUCUGAGGAGCUGGAGGUGCAGAAGCCCCAGGUAAAGCUGCGCCGAGCCGUGUCCGAGGUGGUCCGCCCGUCCUCCACGCCCCCCAUCAUGGCCUCUGCCGUCAAGGAUGAGGACGACGAGGACCGCAUCAUCGCAGAGCUGGAGGUGUUUGAGAGAAGCUCAGUGUCUCCCCUCCCCCCCACGCCCUGCCGCCAGCCGAUCCCCACCUUGCUGUUCCCCCAGGACCCGGGGCCUCCUGGGGGCUCAGCCCCGGGCCCCACGUGGAAGAGUGGCGGUGGCAGUGUGCCACCCAUGAAGGUGGUGACUCUGGGCACCUCUCGGCUGAAGGCGGCCCAGGGCCAGGCAGGCAGCCCCGACAAAGGCAAGCAUGGCAAGCAGAGGGCCGAGUACAUGAGGAUCCAGGCCCAGCAGCAGUCCCAGGGCUCAGGAUCUGGUUCUCAGCCAGACGGCUCCUCUCUCAGAAGGCCCCUCACACAGGACCAGAGAGGGCUGUCUCCUCAGCCGCUCCUGGACAAGACCCUGCUAAGGCCACUAAACCGUCUAAAGAGAUGAGCGGGUCGAGUGAGACCUCAAGCCCAGUCUCAGAAAAGCCCUCGGCUUCCAGAACCUCCAUCCCCGUAUUGACUUCCUUUGGGGCGAGGAAUUCUUCCAUCUCCUUCUAGAAACUCCCUUACCCCCCACCCCCGCCUGCCCCCUCCCUUAUCCCUGCCAUUUCUCUCCUCGGCUUCCCUUCAUCUCCACCCCACCCUGACACCAUUCUCUAGAUCCCCUGAAGGUGGCCUGUCCUCAGCUCUCUCUGCCCAUCCCCUGUUGGUGUUUUUGGUUUUUUUAAUGAUUCACUUUUAAUUAUCUUUUUUUUAAAAAAAAAAAAAAAAAGAAAGAAAGAAAAAGCAAACCAGUAAAACUAAAAACCAAACCGUGACACCUUCCCUUGAUUUCCUGUUCCAGAAUGGCACACUUCCUGUCAUCAUGCCUCCUUUUCUCUUUCCCCACUUUCCCUCCCAAGUCCAUCCUGAAGUUCCUACCCCCCUGCCCCACCUCCUCGUCUCCCACACACUCCUCCCAAGAGCACUCCAAACAAACGCUACGUGUGGAGACUUGGAGCAGCCAGACACCCCCUCUCCCCUUCCUCGGAAGCCUUCCUGGAGGAAAACCUGGACAUUGGACCAAUCCCAAAAUCAGGCUGGAAAAUGGGACGUCGGGAGACUUUGGCCCUGGAGGUGCCGCACCUGUCCAACCUCGGGAUGUGACCCAACGCCGCUGCUUCUCUGCUCCCGUCCACUCAUGCCUGGGUGGGCCUGGAGUCGAGACAGAGGGGCUGGAGAGGGAGGCCAGAGGUGGAGGGGCCUCAGGGUGGUGUGAGCCCGUGGAAUCUGCGUGUCCUUGGAGAGGAGCUGGCUUCCCGGGACCACCUUCCUGUGGUGAGGAGCUGCCUGGCUGGCGCUGAUCGGAGGAGGGGGCACCUUUGGACUGCUGGUUAUGGAUGGUGGGUUGAGCAGACAGCCUGACACUGGGGACACUGCCCUGGGAGAGGGCAGCCCCGAGGAGGGGUAUUUGGUACUUUUAGUUUCCUAAUUUAGCACUUUAAGUGACAUUAACUUAUU